AUGCCUUCCAAUGCCACUAGAAAAUCAGGACGCAAAGGCAAACAGAAUGCCCGAGGAACACUUAGCCGUGUUGCUGCCGGCCGGAUUGAGCAACGUGAGAUUGCUCCAAGAGUAUCGCCACUUGCAGCUGGUCCAAGUGGGGCAGAGGCUCCUGGAAUGACUGUCGAGUCCCUAACGCAGGUUAUGGCAGCCAUCAACAUGAUGUACGAUCGUACUGUCGAAGCCAACACUGGAAUUCGUUUUCUGGUCGAUGCUCACAACCAAGCCAUUGCCCAGCAAGCUCUUGUUGCAUCUUCUGUAACUCAGGGAGUAACUGCCGCCAAUGUGUCUACAAAUAGACACACCAAAGGCGAAAUGCGUGCAAUUGUUCUGAAUCUCAUCAAUGGGAGAAUGUGGGCGAGAAACUUCCGUUCGAAUGAUCCUGAGCUUGUUGCUGAAAACGAAAGCCGCAGGCGAUGGAACACGGAUGAGAGGAUCGAUCAUCCUGACAAUGUUGAGGUGAUUAAUUACCUCCGACAGUAUAUCGUUGCCCAGCCUCGCACAGCUGGGUUCUGGGAGGAUAUGAUAGUGCAGAAAAUAAAAAACAAUUACAAGACAUGUUUUCGUGCUGUCAACGCAACCCCCGAGCAAGCGUCUUCCAAAAGGCGCAAUAAUCGUAUCAACAGCCGUCGCAUUGAGAUUCACUUGCAUCGUGUUGAUACCUACAUUAACAAUUGGCUAGCAAUUGACACUAAGAUGGGAUACAAGCCAGGUAACCCUGAUGAGAUGGCAUACUUGCAUCUCCUUGAGAAGAGUGUGAUGUCUGAUGGUGAAUUGGAAGAUGAGGACGUCACUCCUAUAAUCCGUGUGCGGGUUUUGCAGGUUGCUCGUCCUAGUCGGAGAAGUGCUGAGCUGAAUAGGCUUAUUCAGUUCAUUGAUUUCUUGGCAGCAGAGAAUGACAAGAAGAUUGCAACACCACAAUCAAAGCAAAGAAUGCCCAGAUAUCUAAAAACCAUUGCGGUCACUCCUGUCCCCGGUCAUCUGACCGCAAUCCUUCCUGUCUGGGCAAUUCAAAACCAAUAA